UUGUAACUUUAAACAAGAAUGUAAAUACAAAAAUUUAUUUUUCAUACUUUUAUAUUUUCUUACCAAGUCAACAAAUAAUCAUUAAAAAUGAGUGAACAAGAUGCAAUGUUUGAUAAAAUUAUGGAUUCUAUCGGAAACAAUGGAGUAUUUCAAAAAAGGUUCAAUAUUUUAUUCAACAUCGUUCUGGUAUUUUUGGCGGCUAUGCCCGAAAAUAACAUUGUGUUGGCAAUGUCGAUUCCUGAUCACUGGUGUUAUGUUCCAGGAAGAGAAAAUACAAAUUUUACAUUGCAGGAGUGGAAAAAUAUCACACUUCCCAUAGACAGGGACAAUGGUGACCGUGAAAUCUUUAGCUCGUGUUUGAUGUAUAAUAUUUCAAAUUUUCCUGAUGGAAGAAAUGAUUCUGGUGUAAUAGGAUGCCAGCAUGGGUACGAGUACGACAAGACCUGGUUCGUCCAGACGGCGCCUUCGCAGCAGGACUGGGUCUGUGACCGGGAACUCUACGUCACGAACGCCUUCGCGUCCAGCAAGAUCGGGGAAGUCCUGGGCACUUUCAUGUUUGGACAACUUGGUGAUGCUAUUGGAAGGAAGCCAGUGUUCUACAUCAGCAUCGUAACCAUAAUAACUGGACGUGUCUUGUCUGCACUCACCUCAUCAUGGUACUCAUUUUUCCUGCUGGCUGCAGCCUUGGGAAACUUGAGCAUCACUCCUAUUUUCCAAUGCCCUUUGGUCAUCUCUAUGGAAAUAUCACAUGGAGAUGAUCGUGCACAUAUAGCAGUUAUUCAAUGCAUUGCCUGGACAAUUGGUAUGUGUGUUAUGCCUUUGAUAAUGUGGGCUGUAGGAGAUUGGUCUACUUUUAUGUUAAUCACAACUUUACCUUGUGGCCUGGUACUUUUUGGAUACAAAUAUAUAAUAGAAUCUCCACGAUGGUUGGCGAGCCGAGGAAAACAAGAGCGUGCUCUCAAAGAAUUAACAAAAAUAGCCAAAAUAAAUGGAACUUGUAUAAGCGACGAAGUAUUGACAUUUCUUGAGAAAAACACGUCACAAAAACCAGAAAAAGUCUACGGAAUGAUGAGUCUAUUCUCAUCUGUAAGACUAGCCAAAAAUACUAUACUGAUGACUGGCUGCUGGAUCUCAUCUGUGGUUUGUUUGUAUACUUUGAUAUUAAAUAUUAGUAACAUGAGCGGAAAUCCAUUUUUAAACUUUUUAUGGCAAUCCAUGGUAGAAAUUCCUGCAUAUUUGUUGGGAAGAUAUGCUUGUGAUAGGAUUGGACGGAGGUGGACUGGUUUAGGAUUUUUUUGUCUUGCAUCUAUAACAGCCACUACGCAAUUUGCACUUUUGAAUGUUCAAGAAUCCACAUGGUCAGUUUUAGCUUUGGCAACUUUUAUGAGAUUUUGUAUCAGUAUUACAUUUUACGUUGUCAAUCUUCAAGCAAUGGAAAUUUAUCCAACUUGUUUGAGACAAACAGGAAUUUCAACAAGUGUUAUUGUAUCAAAUGCCAUGGGAGUACUUGGACCAUUCAUAAUACUCCUGGGCACUCAAUACCACAUAAGUUAUCCUUAUCUGGUGAUGUCUUUAGUGUCCUUGAUGGGGGUUCUUUGCGAGCUAUUUUUACCUGAGACUUUAUAUAAAAGAUUACCUGAAACUUUAGCAGAGGCACAUCUUUUCGGAACCAAUCACAAAAUGUGGUGCAUGCCUCAAAGGAAAAUCGAUCUUCAAAAUUAUCCAAAAGUUCUAAUAUAUCAUCGUUACUAA